GAUCAGAUCGAUCAUACCUUUACAAGUUGGAAAUAUAUGGAAUGUUAAUUAUACAUGAAAACAUAACACUGGAACUUUUAAUAAAGGAUAAAAUGAAAAGCAGGAAAGUCACUUAAUGGAUGAUGGAUUACAUAGUCAUGUUUUUUGUCCUCCUACUAUUUCAUUGCACAGUUGUAUCCGGAACAGUCUCAUUUGUCAUGGUACCGUUUGCAACUAACAGCACUGGCGAAGUGAAUGUCUCCAUCGAAGUUCAAACAAAUAAUUCAGAUCCACAAAUAUCAUUAUCAGUAAAAAAUGGGCAGGCAAAUACACAGUUGUCCCCUAACCAGGCAGUUUAUAACUUUCAUGUUAGACCACGUGAACAUCUUUUACCUGGUAAUGUAACACAAUCAGCUGUGUAUAUCAAUAUUGAAGCUGACGCUAUUCGACAAAAUCUAGUAUCGUUAAGAUUGAUGAUCGACGACUUGGAACCACUAACAGUAUACCCAACUGAAAGUCUUGGAAAAGAAUAUAGAGUUAUUACAUAUUGUCAGAUUCUCGGAAGCUGUUUUCUAGCACUGGCUACUGUUCCUAAUACAAACGGUACUGUUCAUGUCAAUGUAUUUCUACCAAGAAACAAAAGUAUGGAAGUACAGUAUCACAAUGCAUCCUACAGUGAAGGACAACACAUACAAAUCCAGUUAUCUGAUAACGAGGCACUACUGUUGGAAUGUAAAAAAUGUGAUUUCACCGGAACGCUUAUAAAAAGUUCAGAAAAUAUUGCAGUCUUUGCAGGAGGAAUUGACACGAUAAUCAGAAGGGGAGACGUUGAAAGUACAUUCCUUGCACAAAUGACACCCGUAGAAACUUGGGGAAAGGAUUUUAUUUUAGUUGAUUCUAAUAUUGACGAUAUGGGUGACAUGAUCCGUAUAAUUGCUCGAUAUAAUGAAACUGUUGUUAAAAUUGAUGGUCAGAUCACAACGCGGAUAAAUUUGACAGAACAUUAUAUACAACGAGCCCUAAACCGAGGAGAUAUUAUUCACGUGACGUCAAAUAAACCUAUCAUGAUAUGUCAAAUACUUACAACGGGCUCAAAACAAGGUCUGAUGUUGAAUGUACCUCCAACUGAACAAUACUUUGAAAAUAAGUUUAAUACUCACUGUAGAUAUAACGGAUUUGCUAUUAUUAGUGGUGAUGAGGAUGUAACGAUUAAUUCUGAACAAAUAAUUAUAGGUCAUUCUGGAUAUAUUGCAAUUAAAAUUGAUAGCAGUUCCUGUUCAUCCUCCAAUUCAGGCUACAAGCAUGGUACAUUUUUUGGUCAAAAGGACCAUCCCAACAGACCAUAUAUCAAAGAAGUACAAUAUUUCAGUAAGCCGUUUCUACGGGAAGUUUUCGUAAAUAAGACUAUGGUUCCAGGCGACAAAGCGGACAAUGAUAAUGAUGGGCAGAUUGAUGAAGAUGAUUGUGGUUUUUACCUUAGUUCAGUAAAAGCAAAUUUUGAAACUGCCAGAACUGAAUGUGAGAAGCUAAAUAAAUCAAUAGCGAUGAUUGACACCAUGGAAAGACAUUUAAUGGCAAAAGAGUUCCUGAAAGAUAAAGGAGUCUCCAGAAAUUUUGCGUUCAUAGGAUUGAAAAGACAGAUGAAUAACACAAUAUCUAACUUACGACUUUGGGAAAGUGGACAACCAGAAGAUACAAAUCAGGGAUGUGUUGUUUUUAAAUUUGUCAAUGCUAAAUUGCAUGAUGCACCAUGCACCGAGAAUCACUACUUCUUAUGUACCGAUUGGAUCAGAGACGAUAAUGACGACUGUCCGCCAGAAAUUUAUGGAGAAAAAGAUAGUCAUGGACUUAAUUUUGUAUUUCCGGUCUGGCAACAUGAUGGUGACACAAAGUUUCAAGUUGAUGUAUUUGGAGAGGAAACAGAUGUUAAUGGCGAAAUAGUUAAAUAUUCGAAUGGCAUAUUUUAUAAGAACGUAACAUUAGAAGGCGUAUAUGGAUCGGAUACCGUGGAAGAUCAAUCUGUUAUGCAGGUGAUUCGUAUAAAAUCUUAUUCUGAGGUAUCAGCUACGUUGAUCAUGUGGAAAACAGGUGUAAAAGCCAUAUCAACAUUGUUGUAUCCAGUUGAUAUGUGGGGACUUGAGUAUCAUGCUGCCAGUUAUUGUCCUAUGAAUUGCACUUCCUACUGUUUUAUAACUUCAGCAUACAAUAACACAAACGUGAAAAUUGUGUUUAAGUCAAUUAAUUUUAAUGUUACUAUUACAAAGCUAGAUCAUUCGUUUACUGCAACAAAUACAUUAUCUAUUAAUCUAGAAAUUAAAGAAUAUACUUAUGCUAAAAUUGAAUCUGUUAAGGAUUUGACAGGUACCUAUAUAAAGGCAGAUAAUCCUAUUUCUGUCAUAUGUGGAUCAACGUUUGAAAACAGCGAAGUUGCAGAGCAGAUAUUUCCUGUUCAAUAUUACGAAAACGGACUGUUUACAAACGUUUUUCAGUUAUAUACUGAUACGAUAUACAAGUACAUAGUUCGAAUUAUGGGAUCAGAGCACUUUACCCUAUGUGAAGUUCGUUUAAAAGGAACAGAGAACUUUAUUCAUUUAUUUUUCCUAAAAGCUGCAGGUGACUUUUAUGAAUUAAACAAAGAUAGCUACGAAAACGUUGAAUCCAUUUCUUGUAAUCUACCUGUUUUUGUAUGGAGUGUCAUUUUUGAAGGUGAUGACAAGGGUAUGAUGAUUAUCAUUCCAUCCACUGAGCUAACAGCAGACAUGUACAAAUGGAAUGUCAGUAUUAAUGACGAUGCUAUUGGAACUAGUAAUGGAAUGAAAUUUAGUGAACGAGAAGUCUGCACUUUACAUAAUUUGGAGGACCCUGAUUGUGAUGGUCUGACCAAAGAAGAGAUUUGUACAGUUAAAGGUUAUAACUUUAUUCCUGAUAAACAUCUUCUUCAAAAUAACAUUUUCCUACCUGACUAUGAUCUGGAUGGUAAUUAUGAUGAAGACUGUGCUUUUACAUUACCAGAAUGUUAUAGACCAAUAAUUGCCAAUGGUUCAGCUGAAAGCGAUGAGACUUUCGUAACAGCAAAGACCACAGACCUUUCCUGUCAUACUUCUUUUUCGCCUGCUACUACUGUUGAUGAGAUGACAUGUUAUGCAAAUGGAAGUUGGGCUCCUGAGUUUACUUGCCUACGGGACUGUUCUGAUCCAAAAGAUGAUUAUGCUAACUCAAGAACUGUCCAUAAAACCUCAACGGCCGUAGGUUCUACCGUGAUCAUGGGUUGUAUAGACGGAUAUUCCAUGAAAGGAGAAAACAAUAUAACAUGUCUAGAAAGUUCUACAUGGGAGUCAAUUAAGUUUGAAUGUUUAGAAGUUUCAGACUGUGGUGACCCUAGAAAUGACUACAACAACUCAACCAUACUUGUCAAUUCGUCAUGGGCUGUUGAUAGUACAAUUGAAAUGAACUGUCAAGAGGGAUUCGCAUUGGUUGGUGAAAAGACUUUAAAAUGUUAUGAAAAUUCAACAUGGACACAGAAUGCAUUUUCUUGCAAAGAAGGUUGUGAUGAUCCAUCAGCAUUUGUCAAUAACUCGGCUUUGUAUGAUCCAUCAAAAGCAAGAGAACAUGGUUCAUCUCACAUAAUGAUCUGCACGAACGGAUAUUCUGUUAAAGGAAAUGCUUUGAUGACCUGUUUGAAUAAUUCAACUUGGACUCCUCCUGAAUUUUCAUGCGUUGAAGGAUGUAAUGAUCCACGGUUGACUACAAAACACUCAUACAUUGAAGAUUAUGAAGACGGAACGCCUUUUCUUCCUGAUAUGACAAUAAUAAUGAAAUGUAAAAGACACGCAACAAAGAUUGGUAUUGGAAAGAUGACAUGUCUGGGCAAUAAACAAUGGACACGUAAUAUAUCAUGCAUAAAAGAUUGUCCUGAUCCUCGAAAGUUCUUCUCUAUUCCCCAUGCAACGGUGAGAGGUUUCACAGAUGAAUCGUCAACAGCCUAUGGAGUAACUUAUGAGUUUAGAUGUAGACUGUUCUACACCUUAUAUGGAGAUGGGCGUAUUGAGUGUCUGAAAAACUCCUCAUGGUCUUCCGUUAACAUUUCAUGCAAAACUUGUAAGUGUCCUUGUCGAAAACGUGGUAAUCCACGAUAUGACAAUGUAACGAAAGAGACAUACAAACAGAUUGAAGACGAAACGAAAGCGGAACUGCAGGUGGACAAGAAAGCUACAGCAGUGAGUUUUAGAAGAAAAAAAAGCGCAAGUGACGAGAGACCAGCGGCAAAGAAUAUUGGCGUUGUUGGUAUUGUGAUUCUUUCUGUUGUACUGGGAGCACUUGUAAUGGCUGAUCUUUUAUCAUUGAAGGCAUAUAUUCAGAAUUACUUAAGAAGAGCAAGUGAACGAUAGAUGGCUAAUAAUCGUCAAAUAUGGGAAGAUUGGAAGAGAGAAAAAAAAACGAGCAAAGUAUAUACUAAGUUUAGAUAUGGCAUAACAUGAAAGCAAUCAGACUUGAAUACAGUACUUAGAAUAUGAUUUUUGCUUUAAAUUUACUUUUUUUUCUGAAAGAUGUGGGUUGUUGGAUGUUGCUGUGAUCUGUUGUAUUGUCCAGUGUUUUUGGUAUAUCCUGAUAGUUUUUUGUUAUGUAUUAAGACAUUUUAUAUUGUUGCUAUUUAAGUACAAUUUGCUAUAUGUACAUGUUUGGCAGUGAAUUAAUGGUAUCAGAAAAGACCACAGAUGACAAGCAAAAGUAAUGGCUAUAGCUCACCCUUUCGAUCAAGCUAGAUAAAAAUCUAAUUUUACACUACAGUGUAGAUACAAUUUACUCUGGUCCGAGAAAGGCAUGGAAUAUUUGAAUUAUUCCCUGUAUAUUCCUACAACUAUGUUGCAAACUAAUGUGAUCCUAGGAUUCGUAAACUAACAAGAAGGUUGUGCUUCGUUAACAUUAAUUUACUUUUGAAGGAAUUAUGAUCACUUGAAAUAUUUCAAAAUGUCGAGGGGAAAAUUAAUUUACCCCUGUCCGUCCGUUCGCCCGUCCGUUCGUCCGUCCCUUCAUCCGUCUGGAUAUAGAUACAUGGUUUGCCGGCUAUCUCCUACAGAAAAAUCCUCUCUGAUUUUUUCAGAUAUUCUCAAAAUGCUAGGUAUUUGGACUUAGUCAUUUUUUUGUACUAAAAGUCAGAAAGGGGGGACGUUAGAUACUCACAAAAACCGGUAGUUAGACUUCAUUUCCUUCUCACUUGCUAUAUAAUUGAAAACAUUGUUUGUACUACGACAGUUUAAUGUCCCUAAUGCAAUAAAUAAGAUUUUUUAGUAUUGUCAAAUAUUUAAUCAAUACCGAGAAUUUGAACUUGGUUACCACUGUAAAUAAAAAGUUGAACUUGGUGACUACUAAACCUGGAAAGUUGAAACCUUUUUGGCUGGACAUUCAGUCCUGCAAGUGCGGACAUUCAGAAUGAAAUUAAGAUAGAUCAUCAUACAUAGCGUUAAAUUUAUAAUUUCUUAUGCUCAGGCUGGGGCAUCAUUUGUGUCUUACAGACAGCGCAACAAUUUCAACAUCCCUGUUUGUUAAAUCUUAAGUAAGUGGAACUAUACUCAUGCAUAUGGCAGAGCAGAGGGGUGCAUCGUACAUAUUUAGUUUGUAAUGUGUGAUGUGUCACAAGCUAUGUAAUGAUCUGAAUGUUUUAUGUAACGUUGCAAAUUGAUGAAUUUCUUUGAGCUAGUAGACAAAUUCAGGCUUUGUCCUCAUUAUUUUAGAUGAAGUAAAAUUGUUCUUAUCGUUUGUACGUGUUAAAUCGAAAAAAAAAUGAUAAACGUGAUUAUUUUAAACCAUAUUGUGUUAUUUGAUCUGUGGAAUGUAUGUUCUUUUGUGAGUCUUUAGGGGUAAAUAUGCAGAACCUUGAAUUUCUCACACUCCCUGCAAUUUUGUUUUGAUUUUGUUUUUUGUUUGUUUUUUGUUGUUUUUUUUAAGGGGGGAGAUAUGAAUCGGAAAAGAACAUAGUUUUGGGCUUUACAUUAUUAAGAUUUGAAAUUCGAUUAAAAUAUCUAUCAACUGAUGGUCCCACAGUAAUAACUGUAAUAAAUAUUUGACAAUAGCGUACUAAAUCUCGAGCGCAUUUAGAUAUCAAGUAGUCAAGUAAAAAGAUACUGUUCAAUCCUUGCCAGAAAAGAUAUUCAAACAGGAAUCCUAUUUUGUAAGUAUGUACUUCCCGGCAAAAGUUGUUUGAUGGAUACCCAAUAUUGCCAGAAUGUUCGUUGGAAAUUAUUUGGUUUAACAAUAUUCUGGAAAACUUCCCUAUGACGUCAUAUGACCACAAUCCCGUCCUAUUAUCCUCGAUUGUGACAUACCUAAUGCGACCUAUUACCAUAUUUUAACUUUAUCUUUUAUCUCCGCCUUGGCAUUUUCUCUCUCUUUCUUUAAUUACAUCAAAUUGUGUUAUAUUUGAUUUGGAGUAACCUUUUCAAGUAUUAGAAAUUGUAAAAAUUUUCUUCUUUUAUUUUUUUUCUCAGUGAAAUGCUUUGCCAAUUAAAUCAUGAAACACAUCUCCUUUAUUCUAAUUUUAAAGAUGAAAUAGUUAUGCCCGCUUAUGAUAGAACUUGGGCAUUAAACUUUUCGGUCCGUGUGUCCAUCUAAUCUGUCGUCUGUUCAACUGUCUCACAUCAGGAUGAAGUCUUCCUUUAAGAUAGUUUACUUUGAAGAUGUGGUCAUAUUAUUUUGAAACUUAGUACACAAGUUCAUUAUAUUUUAAAUUAUUGUUUUACCAAGAUUUGUCGGUUCAAUGAACAUGGAAAAGUGCUAGUAUGAGUGGUGCAUGGUGUCCUAUGUCCUAUUGAUUUAUGUGUAGCUUUUUUGUUUUGCCUUAGAUCAAUUAAAAAAAUAUUUGCAAAUCAUAAAGCUUUUUGCAUCAACUGCAAUUUUAUAUCUAAAUGGUAACGUCACAAAUAUUUUAUUAUGAAAACAAAUCAAUAUCUAUGACCGAUUGAUUUAUCUGCACUUAUACAAUUUCUUAUCCACAUACAUUAAAAAUGCUUGAAAUAUCACUAUAAAUGUUGUAUGGAUUACAGAAAAUGCUGUCAAUUUAUGUUUAAAGAAUAAUGGAUAUAUGUUGUCAGUUUGUUAUUAUGUGCAUUGCUUCUUAACAACUUUAUAUUUUUAUCAUAUAUAUUUUUACAUUAAUUAUGUGUGUAACGUUCUUUCUAACGCGUUUUGAAGCUAUGUUAAAUUGUAUAUACUUUGUAUCAAUAUAUUUACAGACUAAAAGACGAAAAGUAUACAAACAACAUUGAUAUGUAUAUCAUAGUGAAGAAUAUUACAAAUUGACAUUUUAAAGACAUAACUAAAAUUGAUAUAUUUGAGAGUUUUUUGUUUUGUUUUAUGUGUGUUUGUUUGUUUGCUUGUUUGUUUGAUUGAUUUCUUUAAAAAAGAAGUUAUUCUGUCUAAAAUCCAGUCAAAUAUGAAGAUAAUGUAUAGUUUACUUUCAUGCAAUUCGAAAAAUUCUCUAUUUAAAAACGACACUCAGUAGAUGUUUCGACUACCCUUUUUUGUUUAUAUAGUUUUAAAAGAAUAAGGUUUGUAUAGGCUAUGUCUCAAUUAAAUCGAUUAUUUAAAGUUUUACCAUUUUGGUCUUACUUGAACGGAAAGUGUUGAAAUCGUUCCCAAUCCGUAAAAUAUAUGUUUCUUUUUGCUUUAAUACAUAACUUGAUAAAAUUACUUUUUCCGUAUUGAAUUUAAUAGAAGAUUUAAAGAUUAAAAUCAACUGCAUUAUCAAUGUUUUUAUUAAUGUGUCUUAUAUAUAUAUAUACUACUGCAUCAAGUGUGAUGCGAUAUUUCUCCUCCAGAGACAGUCAAACGUUAAAUAUGCAAACUCUAAAGAGGGUGAAACGUUUAUUUCUCUUAUAAUUUUAGAGAAUAUUUAAGCAAACUUUAUCUUUCGUUGUCAAUGACUUCCAAACAGAACGUGUUCUUUCUAUGUGGCGUCGUCAGUCAUGGUUGCCUCCUUUGUCCCAUUAUUAAAGCGAAAUAAGAGGAAAACAUUGUUACGUUGUAUAUAAAAAAUAUCAAUGACAGGAGGGUAUAAAAUCGGCUAGGAUUCAGAGAAAUGUGUUUGUUUGUUGUUUGAAAUACACUUUGUUUAAUAAUUUUAUCUUUAAUGGUUUGGUACAAAGGUACUACCUAAAGGGUACUGUCAAAAUGCUGUUGUGUUUUUUAUUCAGUUUCAAAAACCACAAAAACUGAAAAUUUAUCAAUAGACAUGAGACCUAAAAAAAUAGUAGUCAAUUCAAGAUUGAAUAUUCUUUUUUUUUGCCUUUUUCUGACUUUAUGUAAAUUAGAGCUGUUAUCAUUUCGUGAAGAGUUAUAAGUGUUGUAUUAUCUAAGACUCAAUAUGUGCAUUCAAAUUACAUGUGUAUCUAUAUUUUGCAAUAAAGCUUCUUUAAUAUA